UUUAUUCGAAUGCAGUCGUCGGUUCUUUUUCUUUCCCCAAUUCUGGUCGAUUUAGAAGUUUCACUUUCAUUCCAACCCUAAAUAGGAUGUUUGAAUUUUCUUUCUUCACUUUUUUUAUUAGUAGUUGUUUCCUAUACUCUUAGACUUUUCUUAAUCAUUGUUAUUAUUUUAUUUAUGAAAAACGUCACUUUUGACCAUUAUUCUCGUUUAAGCCUAUAAGGGACAGACGGCAGAGUACAGACCAGAAAAUUCCCAAAGUCGUCUGUGCUUUUUCUUUUUUUUACAAAGUUAUUAUUAUUCCUCUUCAAAAUUUGAUGUGGUUUUAUUUGAAGUUUGUUUAGCAAGAGGAGAUGGGUUUUGCUAUAUCCGAUGAACUAUUGGGGACUAUCGUUCCGAUUGUUGUUUACUGGAUUUAUUCAGGAAUAUAUGUGUGUUUAGGGUCUUUUGAAAAUUAUAGAUUGCAUUCGAAAACGGAUGAGGAUGAGAAGAAUUUGGUCUCCAAACAAACUGUCGUUAAAGGCGUUCUUUUGCAACAAUCUGUUCAGGCUGUUGUCGCCAUCCUUUUGUUCACGUUGUCAGGGAGCGAUGCUGGGGCAUCUGCACAACAGUCAUCUUCCUUUAUUACUCUAGUUAGACAAUUUGUCACAGCAAUGGUGGUUCUGGAUACGUGGCAGUAUUUUCUGCAUAGAUACAUGCACGAGAACAAGUUCUUAUAUCGGCACGUGCACUCUCUGCAUCAUCGGCUUGUUGUUCCUUAUGCAUUUGGAGCUUUGUACAAUCAUCCAGUGGAGGGGCUUCUUGGUGACACAGUAGGCGGUGCCUUAUCAUUUCUCCUCUCUGGCAUGUCUCCACGAACUUCCAUCUUUUUCUUCUCUUUUGCCACCAUCAAAACAGUUGAUGACCAUUGUGGAUUGAUGCUUCCUGGAAACCCCUUUCAUAUUUUCUUUAGAAACAAUUCUGCAUAUCAUGAUAUUCACCAUCAGCUUUAUGGGACCAAAUACAAUUUCUCGCAGCCGUUCUUCGUCAUGUGGGAUAGAAUUCUGGGAACGUACAUGCCUUAUUCACUCGAGAAGAGAACAGAAGGGGGCUUCGAAGCACGGCCAACGAAAGAGUUCAAAGACGAUUAAUUAGUUAUACCGUGAGCAUUAUAAUUAAUUAGUUAUAACGUGAGCAUCCCUUUCCUUUUAUUACGUAAAAUGUACCACCAGUAUUAUUCCUUCUUUUUUACUCAUCAGUGAACCACACUGCUUUUGUGAUUUGUAUAUUCCUAUAUUCUUAGGAUCUAAACUUCAAACUUACUAUUUUUAUAUAGAGAAGUAAUAAUGAUCUAUUAGUCA